ACGACCUGUCUAGCACUAGUAGUAUGUAAAAGAUACCAUUGUGAGAUGUGAGGAAAGACAUUUUAUCCAAUUUAGGCGCUUUUUGCGCUUCUUUUCGACAUGGGGAAAGAGCAAGAGCUACUAGAGGCAGCAAGAAAUGGAAAUCUAUCUGUUGUAGAAAGGAUUUUAAACCAGAGAGCUAGAAAGUCUGGACCACUUGCAAGUUUAAGAAGAGGUCCUGGGGCAAAUACCCAAGAUCCAAGUGGCUACACCUCUCUCCACCACUCGGCUCUUAAUGGACACAAAGAUAUAGUAUCACUCCUUCUGACUCACGAGGCUUCCACGAAUGUCGUUGACAACAAAGGAUCAACACCACUCCACCUAGCGGCUUGGACAGGGAAUACAGAAAUUGUUAAGUUACUACUGGUCCAUGGUCCUUCUGUACCCAACGUUAAUCAUACAAAUCACGAUCACGAAACGGCGUUACAUUCGGCUGCUCAGUAUGGUCACACUGACGUGGUGUCUUUAUUACUUCAGAAUAAUUGUGAUCCUACUGUUCGUAACUUCAAAGAAGAAACAGCACUUGACUUAGCAGCACAGUAUGGCCGAUUAGAAACAGUGGAACAGCUCGUUAAACACAGCCCUCAACUAUUAAGAAAUAAUAUCAAGAAACAUUCCCCUCUCCACCUGGCGUCAAGAAACGGGCACAAACAAGUAGUUAAAACUCUCUUAGAUGCUGGAUUCGACUUUAACUUCCUGACAGAGGGCGGUAGUGCUCUACAUGAAGCGGCUUUCUACGGUAAAAAUGAAGUGGUGAAGCAUCUCUUAGAUUAUGGGGUUGAUGUAAAUUUACAAGAUCAGCAUGGAAGGACAGUUUUUGAUUUGUUGGAAGAUCUAAAUACCAACAUCGCCAAAAAAACCCUCAAGAUAGUUAAAGAUCAUGUCACUCUUGUCGCUACUGAUGAUGAAGUCACAGAAUCUCCUUGUUCUUUGUCACCACCACCUGGUUUUCUGUCCGGAACUUAUGCUAAUGUAUUAUUGCCUGAAAGACUAUCUUCCCAUUGUGUUACUUCACUACAGCAAAGUAGUUCUCCCGUAUCAGAUAUUAACUUUUACGAAGUUCCGCCACCACCUAGGUCUUUCAGUUCAAGUAAAAGAUCAUCCGGGCCAACAGACUGUUAUCAAACACCACCAUUUUGUAAAUCCCAUGACUCCAGUUUGGACCAAACGCCCUCUAGUAGUAGUAGGAGUCCGUCAAUUUAUGAAACGCCGCCUCCUCCAAGAGAGAUAGACAUUCUUCCUGUCAGUUCGGCCUAUCAACUUACUCCUAAGCCUUGGAUGCAGUCGAGCCGGAUAUCUCGAUCAUCUGAUUCCGAAGCUGUCUUGUAUGAAGUACCACCACCCGGGAAGCGAUUUUCUGAUCCAACAGAACAGAACUCCACUCUUCAAGUCGCCAGACAAGAUUCAAGUGGAGCGUCUUCUUCCAGAAGUAGCAGCACGAGCAGUUACAUUCCGAUGACAUCACAACAGCCAUCAACUGGAAAACCCCAGCCUCCAGCUAAGCCUCCAAGACGAUCAAUAGUGACCAUAUCACCAGGCAGCAGACCCCAGAGUGCUCGUCCAGGUUCGUCUUAUGAAUACCUUUCAUUUGCAACAAAUAUCAGCGAUCAAGUGUCCCCUGUGUGGACAGGAGAAACUUCACGAGUGGACUCUGGUAAGGACCAAGUAGUGAAACGCGCAGGUGGUAGUGAAGAAUAUGUCGAUUUGAAGUUAAGAAACAAAGUAAUAGGAAAUUAUGAAAAACGAGAUGUAGUUUCCACAAACUCCGAUGAUAAACAAGUAUUAGUUGAGGAAGAAUCUGGAAGGACAGAAAAAUAUCUAAAUGGAAAUGCCGUGCCUCUUGUAAAGGAUUAUGAAACUGACUUUACUGAAAUGUCAUUUAGCGCUCUUUAUGACGAUAUCGCUAGUGGAAAAGUAACCACAUUUGGAACCAUUAGAGCCAGUUCUAAGAGUACAACAGCCCUACCCCAAAAUAUGAUGCCCACCUCUUCUGAUGAUGCUCUGAAUCGAGAAGAUAAUAUGUCAGCUAAGCCUAGUUUCCUAGACUUUCGGAAUAAGAGAGCCACAGUGCAUAUCCCACUCAGUCCAACCAAUUACCAUCAACCUCCUACUCCCGAUUUUCCACCUCCUUCACCAGCCACUGCUGAGUAUGGAAUCCUCGAGAAAAUACGCCCCCUAAGUCAGGGAGAUGUAAAUGAUGAAUCAUUCGAAAUCGACGAGGAAUACCAAGUCAACAAACGUGCAUCACGUGACAUUGCCACACUUACAGAUGAUGAUGAGAUAUUUGCCACUGUUGACUCCAGAGGUAACAUUCAAGUAACUUUAAAAACUCAUCAUCAAUCUGUUUCAACUGACAACAUUGAAGAAGUCAUUGAUGAUGAUCCAUUUGCAGGACUCUGUCGUGGUUCAGUGUGUCCUGAGAAUUCCAGUGCUGAUUUUAAAAUUUCAUUCCAUGUAAGGAGCCCUAAGGGACCAUCUCCUCCUUCUAGAAAACCACCAAUUCCUCGAAAACCUCGAAACAUAUAUGAAAACAUUGGAAUUCAAAUGGAGAGUAUAGAGAAGAGUAAUGUUGUAUCAGAAAGUUCCACUGAUGGAAAGUUUGAUAAUCAGAAUAGCUUAUCUGUAAUGAGUCCUUUUGAUGAAAAUGCUGAAUGGGCUGAAAUUGCAAAUAUUAUGGCUUCUUUUGGAAGUGGAAUAGCACAAGAAUCAGUUUUUACAAGUGAGAUGGAAGAACAUUUUACAAAUGUUCUAUCUUUAGAUAAGAAAGCAUCAGAAAUAAAGAAAUUCAAAACUGUGGAGGAGUGGCUGAUAUAUCUUGGACUAUCUCAUUAUGAAAACCUUUUGAUUAAUAAUGGGUUUGACGACAUGGAGUUUAUGGGAGGAAACAUUGUGGAAGAUGAAGACCUUAAGAAUAUUGGCAUUUCUAAUAAAGAACAAAGAGAGGAAAUUUUAGAUUAUUGUAAAAAGUUACGACCUAUUCAGCCAAUAGUAAAAGAUGAAGAAAAGAUAAGAAUGCCUGAAUCAGUAAAACAGUGGUUAAAGUCUUUACAUCUUGAAAUGUAUUAUGAUACUCUACAGAAGAAUGGCUACACAGAUAUGAAAAAAGUGUUGAACAUCUCUGAAGUUGAACUGAAUACGGUAUUAGAGAUCAACAAACUUGGUCAUCAGAAAAGAAUAAUGGCAUCUCUUGGAGAAAGAAGUUCAGAACAGUAUAUUGGUGAACUAGAAGAUUUUGACCUUUUAAAAUUGAAUAAAAAUCUUGGUGACAUAGUAAUGGAAGAAACGCCUUCUGCAGACACUAUUAAAGAUACUGGACUGUUUAAAGACUUCAAUAAAGCUAUAUCCACAAGAAAGCAAAAUAAAUGUUCACAAUUAUUGGAACUAUCAAAUGGAAGCAGGGGAGAAUUGAAAAUCCGACCCCCUACACAAUUGAUGAGUGAACCAGGAACCAAGGGAGCACAUUCACCACAACAACAGUUGAGUAGGAUCCCUGGUUACUUAACAACUCAGUGGCGCCACCGACCUGAUGUCCUGAUUAAAGGAAACUGCAGUUAUAAAGCACUGUAUCUGGGGUCAACCCUAGUAAAGGAGCUAAAGGGACUGGAAUCUACCCGAAAAUCUAUACAAAAGCUUAAGCUGUCUACAAGAGGGAUUGUAAAAGCUCCUAAUGUCCUGCUGUCUAUCUCAUACACGGGUGUUAAGUUUAUUGAUGGCCGAAGUAAGCAAAAAGUUUGUGAACAUGAAAUUCAGAACAUUCACUGUACAUGUCAAGAUGCUGAAGACCUCACCCACUUUGCCUAUAUCACCAAGGAACACCAAACAAAUUUUCAUUAUUGCCAUGUAUUUUGUGCUGAGAGUAUGGAUCUUGCUACAGAAGUGAUAUUGACAUUAGGACAAGCAUUUGAGGUUGCCUAUCAGAUGGCUUUGCGAGACAAAACUAAGACUGCUCAAAAAUGUGAACGAGCCCUUAACAAAUGUCAUGAUCGAAAAUUGGCUGAGAAAGAUCGAAAGAGUGAACCUCCUCCUGCUGACAAGAACCUAGUCCAGCAGGGUGAGAAAGAACAUAAAAUAGUUUCCGAGAAGACAACAUGACAAAACUACCACUAACCACUCAUGUAUAUAAAUAUGUAUGCAUGUUUUCACCAUGCUAUGACCUCCACUAGUACUACACAGAGGGACAAUAUUUUUCAAAGCAUUUUCUCACUUGUUGAGAACACAAACCUUUAGUAUAAUGGUACUGAAACUUGUAUACGAUUACAUUUUGUUGGUUACAUUCAAGAAAAGCAUUUCUACAGUUCACAAGUGUCAAAUUCUAGUGCUGUGGUUCUGAAAUUCCACCUUUAGUAUUCUCUAUUGAGUAGAUGUGAUUUGUAAUUUCUUGUCUCAAAUUAAUUUAUGAUUCUGUAGUUGUAAAUUAGUAUAUUCUGCAAGUACGUUUUGUAUAUAUAUAUAUAUAUAUAUCAUUUUUCGUGAGUCACACGUUCAGUUGCUUUACAUAAACAUAUUUCAUUGGGCAAAAUUGCUUACUUUAUAAAUUUUUUGUACUAAAUUCCUGUUGUAUGUAAACAUAACAAGCUUGAUUACAGAGCAUGAAGCAUUAAGUUAAUAUCUGUGAAGUUCAAAGCUUCACGAGUCAUUAAACUUUGCUCCUGAACAGGAUUUUUGCACACAUUUAUUCUUUUUUAAAAUUCAACUUUAACAGACAUGUAAUGACUUAUUUAAUAUCAUAUAUGUAUUUAAAUUAUUUAGAAAAGGUGAAUUGCUAAGCCAUUAGCACAUUAUGUGGAACAUUAUACCAUCACUGAUUUUCCAUUAAAUGUGAUUAAACAUCUAGAAUAUUUAAAAAAAUUUAUGUGAAGAAAAUCGGGUUUUUGAUGGUCAAAAUCAUGCUUUGGUGAACAUUUAGGCAGCAAAAGCUCAAAAUAUUGUACAUAUUUGUGGAGUACUGUCAGACUGAUAUAAAUGAGAAAAAAUAGAAGAAUGCAUUGACACUGGGAAGUUUGAUCAGUUCCCCUUCACAGGAUGUUUAGUUUAUUAAGUUUUUUGAAUGUAAAACAAUGUAUUUUUUACAUUUCUUCUUAAGUGAUGAUUGAUUAGAAAACUUCAAGUUCCUGUUGAUGUCAUGCACAUGUAGAAUGAGGUUCAGCAAAGCAGAUGCUCUGCAAUGAGAUGAUUGUGUUUCCUUGCUUACUUCAUCUUUGCAAGAAUAGAUUAAUGAAAAUUGAUUUUUAUAUUUGGUUUACUUUGAAAUUAUUAUUUGCAAGAUAAGUGGCCAAAAAGUCAUUGUGGAAGUUAGUAUUCAGGUAGUUUCUCAAUUUUAGGUCAAUAGAAUCAAAAUGGCAGAUGCUUUUAUUUUAUUUAUAGGGGGUGCUGUUGUAUUCUAUUUCAAUAUUUUGACUUUUGUUACAAUAUUUCUGAACAAAAGUUUAAAAAGCCAGAAAUUUCUCACCAUUUACCCAUAUUGCCAAUUACAUUAAGUGUUCAAACUAGUUUUAACAGAAAAAUAUCUUUAUAAAGUAUUUCCUGAUAUAUCAAAUUAUAUAAGCAAUACAAGUUGAGAAUGGUUGAAUUAAAUAUGGGGUCAAAGGUCAAUAAACAAGAGUUAAGUGAGGCAAAACGAUAUAUAACUGUGAAUAUAAGAGGUGAAUUUGGAUCUUAAAAAGUGUUUUCAUGUAUAGCUUUGUUUUGUUUUUAUGUGUUCUAUAAUGCAUGAAGAUUGGGCAUGGCCAGGUGGUUAGGGCGCUCAACUCGAAAUCUGUGGGUCGCUGGUUCGAAUUCCCAUCAUACCAAACAUGCUUGCCCGUUUCAGUCGAGGGGGCAUUAUAAUGUGCUGGUCAAGACCAAUAUUCCUUGGCAAAAGAGUAGCCCAAGAGUUGGCGGUGGGUGGUGAUGACUAGUUGCCUUCCCUCUAGUCUUACACUACUAAAUUAGGGACAGCUAGUGCAAAUAUCCCUCGUGUAUCUUUGUGCAAAAUCCAUACCAAACAAACAAACAAUAAUGCAUGAAAUUAAUGUCAUUUUACGUAACAAUAUCUUUGAGUUCAUAGAGGUCACUAUGAUAGUCUUAUUAUUGCCCUAGUCUUGGUCUUUUUUAACUUUUUUUAUAUAUAUAUUUUUUAUUAUUUGCUACCCUUACAAAUAAUGUUAAAAAUGUCUACCUUCUGACUUUGUUUAUGCAAAAGAUAUAAAAGAGAAUUUCUUAUUAUUAUUGUUAAAAUGAAAAUUAAAAACCAAUGAUUUAUAUAAAAAAAGUAAAAAAUAGGCAUUUAUUUAUAAAUAAAUGAAUAGAAUAAUAGACAAAGUUGUCAUUAAAAGUGACCUUUAUGACCACAGAUUUAAUAAGGAUAUUUCCUAGAUGAAAUGAACUUCAUUUCAUGCAUUAUAGAAUAUAUAACAAAAAUAAAACAAAGCCAUAUACAUGAAAACACUUCUUAAAUAGUUCAACUUCACCUAUUAUAUUCACAGCACUAAAUCAUUUUGCCUCAUUAUGCUCAAAAAGUUUUUUUAUCCAUUGAUCACUGUAUUUCAACCCCCUCCUUGACUUGUAUUGUUUAGACAUUUUGAUAUGACAGGAAGUGCUGUAUAAAGACGUUUUCCUGUU